AUGACUCCAUCAAUCACUCCUAACGCGACUGUGGCCAACCCUUUAUUCGACCAAAAGGCUUCGAGUGAGGUCGACGUUCUCAUCAUCGGUGCUGGCCCUGCAGGUUUGAUGGCUGCGGCUUGUUUAGCUCGCUAUGGUGUUCACAACGUUAGGAUUGUGGAUAAGCGAGCGACCAAGAUAUUUACGGGGCAAGCUGAUGGCUUGAAUCCCAGAAGUCUGGAGGUUUUACAAGCUCUGGGCAUCGGUACCCAAGUGAUUGCUGAAGCAAACGAGCUUGGGGAGAUAUGUUUUUGGAAUCCCAAUGAGACUGGACGGAUCAAUCGUACAGCAAGGAUCCCAGAUACAAUCCCCGAAAUUUCAAGAUACCGUCAAUCUACAGUCCAUCAAGGACGAAUUGAGCGCAUGCUGCUUGACACCAUCGCUUCUUGGUCCAGUGCUCCAAUUGGGGAUGAAUCCACCCAAUCACGCAAGACCCCCAUCACCGUCGAGCGCGCCGUCUGCCCCGAUCUCAUCACUUUACCUUCAUCCACAGCUUCAGCGUUGUCUGAUUCUCCUCAAGAUAGGGUGGUCGUUCGGCUGCGUCAUCUCUCCGAAGCAGAAGCCAAACCUGCUCAGUUCUCUCCUCUAGCCCCCGACGGACUCUUCCGCUCAAAUAUGUUCGAAGACGAUGCCUUGGACGCCGCUCCCAAGGAUCUUCCCCAGAAGGAGGUUCUCGAAGAGGUUCAUUGUCGAUACGUCAUCGGGGCCGAUGGUGCUAGAAGCUGGACGAGAGGUGCAGUUGGCCUCAAGCUUGAAGGAGAAAGUUCCGACUUCUUUUGGGGGGUUGUAGAUGGCGUCCCUGCUACUGAUUUCCCCGAUAUCAGGAUGAGGUGCGCUAUCCACUCAGCCGAAAGUGGCUCAAUGAUGGUUAUUCCACGAGAGAAGGAUCUAGUUCGACUCUACAUACAAAUUCCUCAACCCAGGAAAGGACAACGACCAAACCGAGCUGAUGUCACCCCUGAGAAGCUGAUGGCUGCAGCUAAUUCCAUCAUCGCGCCUUACACCAUCAAUAUUCCCAAAAUCGAAUGGUUUACGUGCUAUGAAAUAGGGCAACGACUUGCCGACAAGUGGCAGAAAUUUAAUCGCGUUUUCAUUGCUGGAGAUGCAUGUCACACUCAUUCUCCCAAGGCUGGACAGGGUAUGAACACAUCCAUGGCAGAUACCUUCAACUUAUCCUGGAAAAUAGCUCAUGUGUUACAAGGAAAAGCGCACCCCAAAAUUUUGGACACUUAUGAAAUCGAACGAGCACAGGUCGCAGCUGAGUUGAUUGAAUUUGAUCAAAAAUUCGCCGCCCUGUUUUCUGGAAAGCCUGCAAAGGACGUCCUAGACGAAUCAGGUAUCUCAUUGCAAGAGUUCCAGCAGACGAUGGAGAAGGGAAAUCAAUUUGCCAGCGGCACAUCUGUCGAUUAUCAACCCAGCGCUCUGGUCGCCAAGCGAGGUAGCCCACAUCAAGGUGUUGAAAAUAAACCAGAACUUGCCGAAAAGCUUUCAGUAGGACCUCGUCUGUACAGCCAUCAAGUAGUUUGUCUGGCGGACGCAAGACCUUAUCAUAUCGCUGAUUUGGCCCCGGCAGAUGGAAAGUGGAGGCUUCUUAUUUUUGGAGGGGAUAUCACGCAAUACUCAGGUUGUAAGGGACGUCUUGAGAAGCUAGCCCAGUUUUUAGGUGAAAGCCCGCAGAGUCCUAUCAAGAAGUACACGCCCCCAGGUCAAGAAACAGAUUCAGUCAUCGACACAAUCACGAUCUUGGCCUCUCCUAGAGUGUCGCUUGAACCGGAUGCAUUUCACACUGUUCUGAGACCCAUAAAGGGAAAGCAUGGCUUUCGAUCAUAUCAAAAGAUUUUCACGGACGACCAAAGUUAUCAUCUAGGACAUGGCCAUGCUUAUCAGAAAUAUGGAAUCGAUCCAAAAGUUGGGUGUGUGGUUCUGGUUCGCCCAGACCAAUACGUUUCUCUGGUCACAGACAUGAGUGAUCACGCUGGGAUUGCUGCAUUUUUCGAGGAAUUUAUGCUCCCAAGGAACACGACUUCCGCUCUUGUCCCACAGAUGGCACAGAUUGCUAUCUGA